GAGCAUAUCCCUAAGCAGACGUUUUUGUUUACAAAAACGCGAGCUGCUGGCAACUGGAGUUUGCCUUGUAAUUUCGAGAUGCUGACAACCAAGGAGUUCCGCCAACUCUUCUUGGAGAUCGUUGGAUUGGGGACCAACCAAAGAAAAGCCAACAUGGUGUCUGGUGGAAUGUCCUGCGUGAAGUAUUUACUCUUCACAUUCAACCUGUUGUUUGUGAUUUCUGGUAUAGUAAUUGUAUCAGUUGGUGCACUUGCUCUAAGUAAUUUUUCAUCUUAUGAUACCUUCUUUGGUGGGAGUGUCAUUGCGGGACCUGUGCUGCUGCUUAUUGUUGGAAUCAUAGUCUUUAUAGUUGCAUUUUUUGGUUGUUGUGGAGCGCUGAAGGAAAAUCAUUGUAUGGUAGUUACAUUUUCAGUGCUACUUUUGAUCAUCUUUGCCAUGGAACUAGGAGGGGGCAUAGCAGGUUAUGUCUUGAAGGAUGUUUUGAAAGAUGAUCUAGAUACUCAGUUGAACAGCACACUUUACAAAUAUGAAAGUAACGAAGAUAUUAAAAAGGCGUGGAACAUCAUGCAAACAGAUUUAAACUGCUGUGGCAUCAAUGGUCCCGAUGACUGGACUAAGGCAGGGCUGAAGGUUCCUGCCUCGUGCUGCCCCAGCUAUGAUCUUAAUGAGAUGUGCGCAUCCAAGCAGUACGACAAAGGUUGUAUGGGCGCACUAGAAAACCUCAUCAGUCACCAUGCUGUAGUACUUGGCGGCGUCGGCAUUGGAAUUGCAUUCGUUCAGCUGGUUGGUGUAAUCCUAGCAUGCUGCUUGGCCAAGUCAAUUCGAAAAGAAUACGAGACAGUGUAAAGCGGUGGUGUACCUUUUGUACUUGUUCAUUUUUUGUUUGUUUUUGCGAUUGUCAAUUUGUGUGCAUAUAAGGAUUUUCUAAGUUUUGUGGCAUCUUUAAGGUAGUGCUUUAGAAGUUAAAUGAAUCUCAUUUUGUGGAUCUGUAACUGAAAUAUGUGAAAUAUGUGCAGCCUGAAUGGUUGUAAUUUGUGUAAGCACUGCUACUUCAUAAGACUGUAAUUUAAAUUUCUUUAGUAAUGUUUAGGACGUAUAAGCAUUUACAGACAUCUUACAUGUGUAUCUUCUCAUUAGCCAUGUCUUAUUUUAUAUGCAGUGUUAUAUUUUUGACAGUAUUUCCAAUUGACUCCUUUAUUAAUUUUAAUUGAAAGUUGUAAUACCUGUAGAAACAGGAUUCACAGUUUAUUGUGUGUUCAGUGUUAAUGUGCUGUUUUCACAAAAUUUAAAAUAAAUCAGAUUUCUAUAUUUGAUGAUACAAAAAAUUUACACACACCUUUGGUAUGAAUUUUAGUUUCUUUCCUACUUGGUACACUCUAAACAUUGAUCCACCAAAUUACAAGUGGAGAGUUUUGUUGUGAGACUUCCCAUCAUGAGAGAAGUGUGGUGAAUGGUGAAGAUUCCAGAAAACACGUGCAUUUCUGUUUUCAUAUUGUAGUUAAAAGCACUAAACCACCAGGAAAAGCUGAAAGCAUUCAAAAUAGCUAAAUUAACAGAAUGUUCCAUGCAAAGUUUCACAUUCAAAACAAAAGCAUAAGUGAAAGUAAUUUCCAAAAGGUUUAUCAUCAGUAGUAAAAUUUCAGAUAAAUCCAGGUUUUUGAAUGGUCUGGUUUGUAUUCGUAAUUGUUACUAGCCUACAAAUAAGUGAAAAUUAAUCAGUAAACAAAUCCAUAAGUGCAUCAUGUCUAUGUAGAUGACCUUGACAAGGCCACCAUUCAAAUAGCAUGAAUAAAUUUUCUACAUCAAA